UCCAUCUAUCUCAGCGAAUAUAGCCGUUGGAGUAUUAUGCAAAAAAUGCUGGCGGCUACUAGCCGUUGGAAUUUAAAAAAAAAAAAUAUUUGAGGACGAAACCCAACACGCAUAUACAGAGAGAGAAAGAUUACUUAAACCCAUAAAUUGAAGUGAAGAGGGACCGACCGGUUUCCAUCAAACAAUAAUCAUUCAUCCUUCUCUGCAGGGGUCCCUCCCUCCCAUCUUCUGCAACCAAAUCCGCGAGCGCCCUCUUUCUUUGUUACUUUUAAUAUUAUUAUUAAUAUUAUUAUUAUUAUUAUAACUCUGAUAUUUGUUUUGCAGGCUAUAACUAUCUUGUUUAACUAAAUUGCUAUUUCUAUCUUUCUUUUUUUUUUUUUUGUUGUUGUUGCUGUUGUUGUUGUGCUAAUAUCAUGGAUGCAGGAUCAUUGAGUUCUGUUUCACCAAGUAAGACCAAAUCUCGUUGCCCUCUCCAGGAACAGUUUCUACAAAGAAGAAAUUCUCGUGAAAAUUUGGAUCGGUUCAUUCCGAAUAGAUCAGCAAUGGAUAUGGACUAUGCACAUUACAUGUUAACAGAGGGAAGGAAAGUUAAGGAAAAUCCAGCUGAUAAUUCUCCCUCCAGAGAGGCGUACAGGAAGCAGCUUGCGGAAACAUUCAACAUGAACAGGACACGAAUACUGGCGUUCAAGAACAAGCCACCCACUGCUAUUGAAGCUAUCCCAAAUGACUGCUCAUCAUCUGUUCAUCAACAGGCUAAGACCGCCAAACCUCGUCGAUACAUUCCUCAGACUUCCGAAAGGACAUUAGAUGCUCCAGAUCUAGUGGAUGACUACUAUUUGAAUUUAUUAGAUUGGGGUAGCAGCAAUGUACUUUCUAUUGCUCUAGGCAGCACUGUAUAUCUGUGGGAUGCAUCUGACGGCGCCACUUCAGAACUGGUCACUAUUGAUGAAGAAAAUGGUCCUGUUACUAGUGUAAAAUGGGCUCCUGACGGUAGACAUCUUGCUCUUGGUCUGAACAAUUCUGAUGUUCAGCUCUGGGAUACAACGGCAAAUCGGCUGCUGAGAACUAUGAGAGGUGGUCACAGAUCCCGAGUUGGCGCUCUAGAUUGGAACAAUCACAUAUUGACAACUGGAGGCAUGGAUGGUCAGAUCAUAAACAAUGAUGUGAGAGUGCGAUCGCCGAUCGUUGACACUUACCAAGGACAUCAUCAAGAAGUUUGUGGUUUAAAAUGGUCAGCCUCUGGCCAACAAUUAGCUAGUGGUGGAAAUGAUAAUCUCCUCCAUAUAUGGGACAGAUCAGUGGCUUCUUCCAACACAUCAACAGAGUGGCUUCACAGGCUUGAAGAUCAUACAGCUGCUGUUAAGGCCCUUGCUUGGUGUCCUUUCCAGGGCAACUUACUAGCCUCUGGUGGUGGUGGAGGUGACAGAUCCAUUAAGUUCUGGAACACCCAUACUGGUGCUUGCUUGAACUCUAUCGAUACGGGCUCUCAGGUUUGUGCCUUGCUAUGGAACAAGAAUGAACGUGAGCUCCUAAGUUCUCACGGUUUCACAAAGAACCAGCUUACUCUUUGGAAAUACCCUUCCAUGGUAAAGACAGCCGAGCUGACUGGUCACACAUCCAGAGUUCUCUUUAUGGCACAGAGUCCAGAUGGUUGCACAGUAGCUUCUGCAGCUGGAGAUGAAACUCUUAGAUUUUGGAAUGUAUUUGGAACUCCUGAAGUUGCAAAGCCUUCACCAAAGGCAAACCCUGAGCCAUUCGCUCACCUGAACUGUAUUCGGUGAAUUUUGAGGGACAUUGUUGUAUUGUGAGAAGUGACAGAAUUUUGUAAAGUCAGCGAAAAAUGCUCCUGAACCAGGCAACUGCUGUAUUUUCAUUGCGUAACAAGAGAUACUCGGUUGUGAGGUACUUUCUGUGAAGUCACACAAUGCUCCUGAACAGACAACUGCUGUAUGUAUUGUGUAAAUGAGUUACUUCGGUUCAUCUUCCUGUAUUUGUUGGUGGAGUUCGUGUAAAUGGAGGAGCUAUUUGUUUGCUUUUAGUUGCUGCGAUAAUUUUUCUCGGUCACCAAUAGUGACGGAAAAGCAUGUGUAAAAAGAUAAAGCAAAGGUUCUUCAACAUAAAAAUACUGUAUGAUUGUGAAAAUACUUGAGGUUCCUACUUCCUGAAUAGGAUGCAACAUUUCUUACUCCCAA